ACAGUGAAGUCGAGGAUCAAACUCGUGGCAGAACAGCAGGCCAGUGGUGGUCAUCCAGCCAUGCUGAUGUGCAGUGCGUACAACUUCUACCCCCGAGUCAUUGAUGUGUACUGGCUGAGAAACGGUGAAAAGGUGACCAGUGAUGUGACCGCCACUGAGGAGAUGGCUGAUGGAGACUGGUACUACCAGAUCCACUCCCACCUGGAGUACACGCCCACAUCUGGAGAGAAGAUCUCCUGUGUGGUGGAGCAUGCCAGCUCCAAGAAGCCCAUCAUCAUUGAGUGGGAUGGCUCUCUUCCUGAGGCUGAGAAGAACAAGAUCGCUAUCGGAGCUUCAGGACUGAUGUUGGGGAUCAUCCUGUCAGCUGCUGGAUUCCUCUACUACAAGAAGAAGUCCUCAGGCCGGAUCCUGGUGCCGAGUUAAGCUCUGGUCUUUGUGGUGUUGAGGACUCGCCUUUACUCUCAGGUGGUGAAGCAGCAGAAACUACAACAGAUUUUGUCGUCUGCAUUCUUUAUAGAAAACAUUUAAACAGCUGUUUUAUUUCUAAGAAUCUUCAUUAAAAGCACAAGCUUGAUUGUUUUCUUCUUAUGAGUUUUUAUGUAUUAUUAAUGAUGAGAGGAGCUAUUAGAAAUAUUCUUUACUGCACAAAUUUCUGUGAGUACAUGAAAACUGAUUUUCACAUUGAUCUAUUACAGAAUUAGUAAAAACAUUUAUAGACCAUCUUUACUGGAGACUUUAUUAUUAGGUAUGUGUGAGCAAAUCUGGCUUUGACUAACUGAAGAACUCUUUAAAUCUGCUUCUGUAAUUAUUCAUACUUUUAGCUUUUCCUUAACAGACCAGCACCAAAGAGACAAACUUCUAUUAACAAACACAUUUCUAUUAUCAUCAGUCGCUCUAUGUAUAAUACUUUAAGGUGGAAUUGGCUCUUGAUUUUGUGUGUAUUUGACUGCUUUUAAUAAAUAUUUCUAAAUUA